AUGGUAUCCAGAGGCCCAGACGAAUGGCUUGAAACAAUCAAAAAAUGUCAGGCGCUAACUGAAAAUGAAAUGAAACAACUAUGUGAAAUGGUGAAAGAACUUCUGAUGGAGGAGAGUAACAUUCAGCCCGUACAGACCCCUGUUACAGUAUGCGGAGACAUCCACGGCCAAUUUCAUGACUUGCUAGAGCUAUUCCGUACUGCAGGCGGCUUCCCUGACGAUAUAAACUACAUUUUUUUGGGUGAUUACGUGGAUCGUGGCUACUAUAGUUUGGAAACUUUCACGCUUUUAAUGUGUUUGAAAGUCAAGUACCCAGCGAAGAUAACUUUGGUUAGAGGAAACCAUGAGUCCAGGCAAAUUACUCAAGUUUACGGGUUCUACGAAGAAUGCCUGAAUAAAUACGGAUCCACCACCGUAUGGAAGUAUUGCUGCCAGGUUUUUGAUUUUCUGACGCUGGCCGCUAUAAUUGACGGUAAGAUCUUGUGUGUCCACGGUGGGUUGUCUCCCGAGAUUAGAAUGCUCGAUCAAAUCAGAGUCUUGUCAAGAGCUCAAGAAGUGCCCCACGAGGGCGGAUUCUCCGACCUGCUUUGGUCAGACCCCGACAAUGUAGAGGCUUGGCAAGUUUCUCCUCGUGGUGCAGGAUGGCUCUUCGGGAGCAAAGUUGCCAGAGAGUUUAACCAUGUGAAUGGGCUGAAUCUUAUUGCCCGUGCUCACCAACUGGUGAUGGAAGGGUUCAAAUACCAUUUUCCUGAAAAGGAUGUUGUCACCGUGUGGUCCGCACCAAAUUACUGUUAUAGAUGUGGUAAUGUCGCAAGUGUAAUGAAGGUCGAUGAUGAUUUGGAACCUACUUUCAAGAUUUUCUCCGCUGUCCCCGAUGAUUACAUAAGAGAAUCAACGGCAAACCAUAAUAAUCAAAGAGCCGGCUACUUCUUGUAA